UAAUAUUUAGCAGAAGAAGAAAACAGAUAAUGAACAAGCAAUGAAAUUGCUAGGUCCCUCAGCCUGGUUGUAUGGAAGACCUCCUGAGGUUAUAUCUUGUCUAUUGAUUGGACCCCAAAAUGGAUAGUGCGCGACACGAAGCUUUCCAAAAGCUUCGUCCCCCCUGUGUUGAGCUCAGUUCUGUUUCUCUAAGGUUUAGGGCCAACCUUGCACGUCCCGGAGAUGUUCUCAAGGCUUUAGAAGAGGUCCACAGAGUCUUAACACAAGCGGCCAACAAAGACUGGCUAGACGAAAAGCUUGCCGAAUAUGCAUUUUUUCCACUCUCUCAAAUCUUUAACCAGACUCAACGGCUCUCUGUUAGAUGUGUUGAAUUGGCUGUGAAGUCUCUGCAGCUUCUAAUCGAGAAAGGAUGGCGCCAAAAGCUGUCAGCUCCGAUGGGAAAGCAGUUGAUGAUCCUAAUGACUAUCUUGGCUGGAGGGGUACCGGCCCAGAAUCAAGCUCAAUCAUCAACUAGGCCCCAGUCCGAGGAAUUGACUGUGGCGGCAUAUGACUGUAUAGGGGCCCUCUGCGGCAUGCUUCAGGGAGGAGCUGCCACGUCCACGAUAUUCAACGAGGUCGGCACGGCCACGAUAGUCGAUCAGACUAUUUAUGUCUUGCUCGAAGGAAUUCUGGAAGGUCCCUCGGAUGCCAUGCAAAUGUCUGCUGCAGAUGCGCUGCAAUUGCUUCAGUCUCGCAUCACAGAUCGAGUUGUCCUCGCCAGUCUCUUACCCAGAACAGUCUCGACACUGACCAAGGCUUUGCGACCCACGACCCAGACUCGUCGGUCCUUCAAGUUUCUUAGCUGCUGUUUGAGUAUCUUAACUGCGAUUUUGGAUUCUGUUCUAAAUGAUGGGGCUAUUUCAUCUGCCCAGACUUCAGGGAAGAAGCCAGCGAAGCAGAGUGAGUCCAACGGGAUGGCUCUCGAUGAUUCAUGGCUCAAAGCUACAGCUUCACAGGUCAAAUUGGCACUGGCCAAUAUAAUACCCCUCAGAACUCAUGAGAAAUUGCCUGUUCGUCGGUCUCUACUGGAGCUGUGCCUUAUGGUUAUUGAAAGAUGUCCAACUUCUCUCUCAGAUGCGCUUCCGAUGAUGGUCGAAACCGUUAUAGCGCUCGCCGAACCCGAAGACGGAGGUGACGCGUAUAAUUCUCUAAAGCAGCUAGUACUUUCUUCCGAAUCCGUUACAAACAACCUGAAAUCAAGCUUGCAUACGUGGAUCAUUGCACUACCCAGGGUCAUGCAGUCAAACGAUGACCUUGUUAAACAACGGGCUAUCAGACAUAUCUCCGUCGCGUUCCAGGCGGCGACAGAAACCGACACAAAUUCGGAAAUCCUAGAUCAAACGAUGGCAACUACUUUAUGCGAGAGUGUUGCUGCGGCUAUUCAGUCAUCUUCGAAAAGCCCGCAACAAUUACCUUCUACUUCAAAUCCGAGUCUUGAACUUGCCUUAGGAGCUGCCGCCAAGUCUCAAUUAUUUCCACCCGUUCUCGUUGACCAUAGAAGCCAGAAAGGCACGCUUUCGGAGCUAAAUUGUAUGAUAAAAAGACUCAGCCAUAUGGACACGUCGCUCUCCUUGACGAGAUCAAUGAUGGAUAGACUUUACAGUUCGUCUGACGUCUCAGCAGUGGCGCCAUUCUGGCUCACAUUGUCGCUCUUGAGAAAUAGAGCAGCAAAUACCGUGUCUUUGAGUGAUAUGCUAAACCUGGAUGCUCCAACUUUAUCGAGUUCGCAGGCAGGCCUAAUUGAGGAGCUUUACUCCAUCUCUUUACCGAUUCUUGUCGAGCUUCCCACUGCCAACCCAGAAGAAUGGCGCAUUCCGGCGCUUGCAUUAGAGGCUGUGGCUCUCCAGGCGCAGCAACUCGGCGAGUCUUUUCGACCUGAGCUAAUUGAUAUAUUAUACCCGGUACUUCAAUUAAUGGGCUCAAGCAAUCCUAGCCUACAAAAUCAUGCCAUGACAUGUCUUAACAUAAUGGCAGAUGCAUGCGAAUACUCCGACACAAGCACGAUGCUUGUCGACAAUGUCGAUUAUCUGAUCAACUCAGUUGGAAUGAAGUUUAAUACUUUCGACGUUUCACACCAGGCACCGCAAGUUUUACUUAUGAUGAUCAGGCUUUGCGGUGCACGGUUGAUACCUUACUUGGAUGAUUUGAUUGGCUCAAUAUUCUCUAUUCUUGACGCUUUCCACGGCUACCCGAAGCUGGUCGAGAUUCUUUUUGAAGUGCUGGGGACAAUUGUCGAUGAAAGUGCCAAAUCGCCGGAUACUCUUCGUAUUACGAGUAGCACACAAACGGAACUGAGAACACAUGGGAAACACCCGCACAAAAUCCGGACAGUUUCCGAUGUGGCAUCUGAAAUUAAGAGACUCCGAGAAAGACGUGCUGAACACGACUCCCAUGAAGCUCAGGAGCUCGAGGCUAUUGAAUCUCAUCCCACGCGUCCCUGGAAAAGAAGCCGUUACAGCGAACAUGCAGGUGAAGAAAACGAAGCUGUCGAUGACCAGCCGCCUAAGCCGGAGCAUGACAGUAAGACUCUUAGCAAACCUCAUAACCUCCUCCUGAGUAUUUUAAAAUCCAUCCCGCCACAUCUUUCGUCGCCAUCUCCGCACUUGCGACGUUCCCUUUUAAGUAUUCUGUCUCGUGCUAUGGGUGUCCUUGCGCCUGAUGAGAAUAGCUUUCUACCCCUGAUAAACGAUAUCUGGCCCUCCGUCUGUGUCCGGAUCAGUUUACCGCCUAUCCUGGCCUCCGAUACUUCUACAUCUUUGGCAACUCCGAAUCCACGGACCUCAGGCGGCACUAAUGAAAUGAACCUCCAAGAACAAACUUAUGUCAUUGUCGCCUCUUGCAAGACUGUCGCUGCGAUGUGUGAAGGGGGGGGAGAUUUUAUGUCAUCCCGAAUAGAACACGAAUUUCCAAAAUGGAAACAAAUAUAUCUCAGGUGUUGGGAGCGGGUUAAGCACGACGCCGAGCUGGCCUUUGAAAGAUAUCAGCAACGUCAGCGGCUCCUAAACCAGUCUCAGGCACCGGAGCUCGAUGCCACGAAAACAAUCUCCCAAAUGGGGCAUCUAAGCAUAACGGAAACACAUUCUUCCAACCAGUCAACAUCCCUUUCAGCACCUAAACCUACAAUCGGUUCAGAACAAUCACGCCCUCCUCCACCACUCCCGCAUUUCACCAGCAAAUCUUUCACCCCGCACCACAACAUCUGGAGCGCUCUAUCCUCCCUCUUCACCACCAUUCUCUCGCACACCCGUUUACCACUAGACAUUGGCGAUGAAAUCUGCCAGUGCCUGGGUACAUGGAUCUCCUUCUUUUACCCUAACUACUACUUCACGCAUUCCUGGCGGGACCUGAGUCGACCCUCUCCUGCGGACAAGACGCAAGUGACGGAUAGCUCGUCGAGCGAAGUCGACAUCGACGCGACUAUUCGAGCGAUGGAUACCUGGAACGCAGACCUGGCUUGGUUCAUAUUUGUACGUGGGCGGGCUAAGAAUGUGAACGGUGGCAAAGAAGCGGAUUUUGAUGUGGCGAGGAGGAAGAUGGAGGCUAAAUUGGUGAAGAUACUCGACUCUUCACCUCGCGGGAGCAGAGAGGUUAGCCAGCUGCGAUUCGCUGAGGUGGCGUUUUAAAGCAUCAGUUAAUGGGAAUUUGUUUGAUAAUGAUCCACCAUUCUAUGUGUUGGGGUAUCAAAGAAAGCGACUCUUGAUG